AUGACGAAGGUGCUCCCUGAGGCCCCAUCGGAACUACAGGAAAGCCAGCAUUUCCAUGCCCCGCAUUUGGGCGGGGGACGCCUAUGGCUUGUCGCAAUCGGAAUUGGUCUAGGCAUUUUUUUGCCCGCUGCUGAGAUUACCGUUAUGAGCACAUCUCUGGUGACCAUCACCGACGAACUAAUGAACUAUGAGCAGGGCAGCUGGUUGAUAACGGCAUAUCUGCUGACAUUUACGGGGUUCCUUACACUCUGGGCAAAGUGUACUGAUGUAUUUGGGCUCAGGGCAUCGCUACUAAGCUCCCUACUCAUCUUCGUGGCUUUCUCCGGCGGAUGUGGUGCUGUCCACACAAUGAACCAGUUGAUCACCUGUCGUGCCUUCCAGGGCACUGGUGGUUCCGGGGUUUUCUCCCUCUCUCUCUUUAGUAUAAUACACAUUACGCCGCCAGGAAAGUUCGAUGCUGCCAGUGCCGCUGGAUCGGCUGUGGUCGCAAUAGGUAUGGUCCUUGGGGCAAUUCUUGGAGGUGCCAUAUGCAGUGCGGGUGCCUGGCGCUGGGUUUUUCUGUACAAUGUUCCAGCAGGCGCGGUUGCAUGGCUUCUCAUCUUCUCUACAAUGCCAUAUAACCUCGCCCACAUGGAUAACACCGACCGGAGUGCAGGCAUAUGGGAUUAUCUAACUCAGAAGACGAAGCUUUUUUUGACGACUACAGACCCUGUCGGAUGCUUCCUCCUUCUAGGAUUCUCAAUAUUGUUUGUGACCGCCCUGGAAGAGGCUAAUGUCACGUACGCGUGGUCCUCUGCACUUGUCAUUGGGUUCUUGGCGGUGUCCGGGGUACUCGGAAUUGCGUUCGUGAUUUGGGAAUGGUACAUUGGGAGCCAAAGGAAGGGCCUUGUCGAGCCUAUGUUUCCUUGGGCGAUGGUGCAGGACCGGGUGUGGAUGGGUGUCUUACUUGGGUUCUUUGUAUCUGGCCCUGCCACCACUAUCCUCUACAUUCAGAUCCCGCAGCGUCUCCAAAUAACCAAUGACAGUAGUGCAAUCAGCGCCGGUUUGAGACUUCUUGCAUUUGCCGCGGGCUCUCCUAUCGGCUCAUGUGUUUGUUCCCUGCUUGCCGGAAGAUUCCGCCUGCCAUUUGUUUAUACCAUAACAAUAGGCGCGAUCCUCCAAACCGCGGGGUCUUUCCUACUCUCUUCCGUCCCUACCACUCUCCAUAUAUGGGAAGGUCAGUAUGGGUAUAUGGUACUUACAGGAGUCGGGGUGGGAAUGUCAAUGACAUCGUUUUAUAUUGCCGUCCCUAUAGUUGUGAGGAAAGAGGAUCAACGUGAGUUAUAAUGCCUUCAAGGAUCAUGACUCCGACACGUCUCCUGACACCACUCAGCCAUCGCUGUCGGUUUGUCUCUCCAGACGCGUAUGCUGGGGGCAUCGCUUGGCAUCGCCAUUGUCAACAGUAUCUUGAUGAAUUACGUCAAGGCACAUUUAGGCCCUCUGGAAGCUGCAGCGAAUCCCAAUCUGCUUUUGGGGCUUCCUCCUGAUGACAUACAACGGAUUAGGGAGGUGUACGGAGUAGGCUACAAUCUGCAAAUGAAGGCUGUUGGUGCAUUCAGCACAGCUCAAUUUGUGGCAGUGGCGCUGAUGUGGAGAAGGGAUCAGGCUCGGUUGGUCAAAUAGAACAGAUAUUUUCUUAUACAAC